ACCUCACUCCAGCAGGCCGCAACGUGCCCGCGCAGCACGCAAGACUUGGCCGAAGGGAACAUGGGUUGCUUUGCGUCGGAGCCAACUCCAGUGCGAGGCAUCAUGAUGAAGCCUUCAUUUGUGCACGCGAGCGCGCUGCCGUUGGACGUGUGAGAGCCGACGCCGGACACGGAAUGUGCGACAACACAAAUAGACGAGACCGUUGGUAGGUGAAGGAACGAGUGCGCCGCGCGCGCCCACGUUGCGCGGUGGAAAACAGUGCAGGUGCGGUGCAGUUUCGCCUUCGAGAUCGUGGACAGCUUUUUGCGCAGUCAUCAUCGCAAACAUCCCUGCGCCUUCAUCACCCGCUGGCCUCGAUAUGCCCGUCGAUGCCCGCUAUCAAUCAGAAUAGAGCGUCACUGCGGCUGCCUUGGCACCUUCUGCUCUGCAUGUCGGCCUUCCGCAUCGCACUUCAUCCUGUCCCAUUUCCGCAUACCGCACAUAUCUCCGCCCCGCGGCCUGCCACUGGCAGAGGAGAUGGCGCGCACAAUGACAGACUCCUCCGCCGACGACUGGCGAAACGCUCAGAAGCUCAUCAAGAACUUGUUCAUCCAAGAGAAAUAUCGCCAGUGCAUCCAGCUCUGCCGCGAGAUCCUCAAGGCCCAUGCCAACGACGACGACCACACACAUCCACUGCAGGACGCCUUCAUCAACUUCUACCUGGGCCUCUGCUUCAACGAGGUUGCGCGAAUGAUGCACCACAACUCAGUCGCCAAAUUGCCGGCCUUCGACGAUGCUGAACGACACUACCUUGAAGCCUUGACCGCACUUCCAACUGCCAAAGAUGCUCGAGCGCUGUGUGUUCGCCACGUACGAGAGCCGUCCGAGGACCCCUUCGUCGUGCGGCAGGUCGAAAACACUCGACCCUUCUCCCCACCUUUGCCUGAUAGCGGAUUCUUCGACAGGCCUUGUUCUCGUGCGAGCUCCUUGAUGCUGUCAUCUCCCGAGCAGCGCGUGGCAGACACCCAACACACUUCGUUGGCUUCAUUCCAAGGUUCGCCUGUGCUUUCAGCCUACGAUAUGGACGAUCUCGAGAGCCAUCACAGUUUCGCGGAGCUCAUGACUCCAAACCGCUUGCGACGUGACUAUCCCGAUCAUGAUCACGCCACUCCGGUGCAGAAAUUCUUGCUGCGAGAAGGAUCACUCACUGCGCCUUCGACCUCGUCGCCUGCACCUCUUCCAUGCCCACAAGUCAUCUCCGAGCAAUAUCCCGCGGGACCUUCUCCUGGCCAUCGCCAGACAACACCAACGGGAGGUCUCAUGCGCCCUGUGCGGAUGGGUUCCCUUCCCAAGCCCUACCAGGACCCACUCUCGACCGCACGUCCGAGCCCAUCCCCUCGACCAAAGCUGUCGCGUCUCUCCAUUGACUUUCAGAACAGCGCUCGUGUUGUCAGUGCGCCGCAAUUGAACUACUUCAGCACUAGCUACGAAGACCCAGACCACGCCUCGCCUGUGUCUCCUGUGUCGCCAAAUUCGACUUUGUCAUUCGGAUCAUCAGUUUCGCCAAUAUCACCGAUAUCACCAAUAGCCACAGAUGGUCUCGAAAGGGGGUCUGACACGACUACGACAUCCGCUGUUACCCCAAGCACACCGAAGAAGCCCGAAUAUACGCGGUACAGCGAACCUCACACAGCAACAGCAGUGGCAGUAUCCAUGGCACCUGCGACAUUCAAGCCAACGUUUCAACCCAAAGAGUGUCUGGAUGUGGCAAUGUUGAAUCGAAUCACAGAUCACCUUGCAGCCAUGCGGACACAGCUCGAGACACACAUGAAAGGAGUGCAACGCGCACAGGAACAGAUUCAUCGUGCGCAAGCACUUCAGAGGCUCGAGACCCCUUCGAGGCGCGACAGAGAUGGCAACUCAGCUUCUGACAGGACGUCAACUCCUUCCAAUGGACCGUCUCGACAGAAGAGUCUGCGGAAGAGUCGCAGCUUCUGGUCAUUUGCACCGGAAGACCAAAAGGCGAGGAAGAAGAAGGAGCACAUCGAAGCUGGCCGGGCAAGACGUUGGAAGAGAGAGCGUUUCGACCCAUCCAGAUAUCAAACACUGUGCGAACAGGCGCUUGCUGAAUUGUAGGACUGCUUGUGAGGACGCACGCUCAUUGAGCUUGAGACGGAGGAUACAAAUAGAAGGAAGCGCUCUAAUGUUUGGUCAAACCGCAUUGAUCGUGCGCAGCAGGUUGGCGCUUUGGACGAUACCCAUCAGAGUACAUUGAGUACAGUAGACGAACACACUGCAGAAUAUGUAGCUCUGUGCUAAUGCUAAUGAUAAUUACGUGC